AUGUUACUCGGGGGAGGCGUCCUUGUAGCCUCCUCGUCCCUUGUCGAGGUGCUCGCCGCGGCCCUUGUCGGGGCCGGAUGCUCCUCGGCGCUCUCCGCCGCGGUUGUCGCCGCGGGCUACUCUAUGGUCUGCGGCGCGGCGUCCCCAAUGGCAGCAACAGGCUCGGUCGCCCUCUGGCCAGCAAUGUGGCCAGGCGCGGCGUCGGACGUCAAUCCCGACCAGGCCUCGGAGCAGGGGACGGCCGCUCCUGUUGCCGCCGCUGAAGACGCCGCGCCACAGGUCACAGAGCAACCUGCAGCGGCGGCGGGUGCCGAGGACCAAUCUGCCCCGGCAAGUGCUGCGACGAGCACUCAGCCGAGGGAUGAGGAGGCAGCAAGGGUCCCUCCCCCGAGUACUGUUGUAGAGGAGGAGAGCAGAGUCCCAACUCCACCAGCCGAAGAAGGGAGGGAUUUGACGCCGCCCCGAGCAGGGGCUUCUUCGCCCGUGGGCUCCUCUGGCCUAGGCCAGGGACCAGUAAUGCCCUCAACCGCAGCCGGAGGUAGUGCGGCAAACGAGGAGCCCCAGGAGGCCUCUGACAACGACGUGGAGGAGGUCUAG